GAUACUCAAAAUCUUUUUUUUGCCAAUCUAAAAAACCAAAGAAAUAUGGAUGAUUAAUUUGGGAGUUUUUUUCAGAAAAAGACAAGGAUGGAAACCAUCGAAAGUGAUUGUAAUAAAGCACUGGAAGAUAUUCGUGAAAAUAUUGGUACAGCUAAUGCUAUAAUUAUCGAACAAAAAUUAUGGCCAUCCAUACAAAAAACAUAUAAAUCAAAUAAUUCGGUAUGUAAAAAAAAGAAUCCAAUUGUGAUGAACUAUUUUAUUGGUUAUUAUAAUGCAAUGUAUGAAAUUAUAUUUCUAAAUUCACAAUCAAAAGAUCCAUAUUUAAAUUAUAGCCGAUAUGGUUUUGAAACAUCAUCAUUAUCGUCUGCUGCCAAUUUAAAUCAUAAACUCUUAUACAAUAUUCAUAUUCGUCUUGGUGAUUUAUAUCGUUAUGGUGAUUCAUAUGAUAAUGCUAAAUAUUAUUAUAAACGAGCAUUACAUUUGGAUCCAAGACGUGGAUUUGCCUACAAUCAAUUAGCAUUAAGUACACCAUUGACAAAAGCCUAUCAAUGUGUUUAUUAUUAUGUUCGUGCUUUAUAUUCAACUGAAGAACCGUUUAAAGUUGCCGAAUCAAACAUUAAAGUGUCCAUUUCUCGAUUUGAUUCUCCGUUGUUCGAAAGAUUUCGUCGCCAAUCAAAUAUUUCAAUGAGUGAUAAUGCCAUAACUAUUGCUUAUCCAUCUAAUGGACAAGAAUGGUUUUAUUUGGUUGUGAUAUCCAUUCAUUUUAAUGAUUUAAAUCUAACACUUGAUCUUCUAUUGGAUCAAUUGCUCAAAACUAUUGAUUGUGAUGAUGAAUCUUUACAAUUUGAUUAUCUUCUUAUGAGUUUGGAUGUUGCUUUUGAUUGGAUACUAAAAGAUCGUAACAAUCAACUGGCCAACGAUACCACUUCCACACAAAAAGCUCAUUUAUUGAAUGAUAAUUUGAAAACGCUCAAUGUUUGGUUACUUUCAAAUUCCAAAUUGAACGAUAAUAUUGAUGAUGAUCGAAAAAAUGAAACCGAUUGUAAUAUAGGAUUAAUACAUAAUACUAUACUUAAAGAUUUUUCACCAUUACGUCAAAUUUAUGAACAAAUGGAAUAUUAUUAUGAAACAGAAAUGUAUCGAAUGGAUAAACAUCGUAAGAUUUUAAUCUCACGAUUAGUGCAAAAAUUACAAAAAUUUUAAUAAAAUGUUUGUAAAACAUUGAUGAUGAUGAUGAUGAUAUUUAAAUAAAAAUAUAUUAUGAAACCA